GCGAGGUGCUGAAGGGACAGUUCCCGCCGCCCAACUUGGCGGGCGGAGGGCUGGGGCGGCCCGGGGGCCGGCGGGGCACGUGAGCCAUGGAGACCAUCUGGAUCUACCAGUUCCGCCUCAUCGUGAUCGGGGACUCCACGGUGGGCAAGUCGUGCCUCCUGCACCGCUUCACCCAGGGCCGCUUCCCGGGACUACGCUCGCCCGCCUGCGACCCCACAGUCGGCGUGGACUUCUUCUCACGCCUGCUGGAGAUCGAGCCGGGCAAGAGGAUCAAGCUGCAGCUCUGGGACACAGCGGGACAGGAGAGGUUCAGAUCAAUAACUCGAUCUUACUACCGCAACUCAGUUGGUGGAUUUUUAGUGUUUGACAUUACUAACCGUCGAUCUUUUGAACACGUGAAAGAUUGGCUGGAAGAAGCAAAAAUGUAUGUGCAGCCAUUUCGGAUUGUGUUCCUGCUAGUGGGACAUAAAUGUGAUCUAGCUUCACAACGUCAGGUUACAAGGGAAGAAGCUGAAAAACUGUCAGCAGACUGUGGUAUGAAGUACAUAGAAACCUCAGCCAAAGAUGCUACGAACGUUGAAGAAUCCUUCACCAUCCUGACAAGAGACAUCUAUGAGCUUAUCAAAAAGGGAGACAUUUGUAUUCAGGAUGGCUGGGAAGGGGUUAAAAGUGGUUUUGUUCCGAAUACUGUGCAUUCUUCUGAGGAAGCAGUGAAACCCAAGAAGGAGUGUUUCUGCUGACUUCUAAAUGCCAAAGACCAACAGGAGCAGGGGGGAUUUCAUUCCAGAAUAAAUACCGACACGCAGUGGAGCUAGGCAAUGAACGUGUGACAAAAAAGUUAUCAGCCUACACUAACACAGUUUUCCAAGGUGUUGAUUCACAGCCCUAUGCUUACUUGUCACACUAUCAGGAUACUGGAUUUUUUGGCAAAUGAUCAGGUCUAGCGG